AUGGGCUCGACCCAAUACUAUCCCCCGCUCGCGUACCAGUCCGUCUUUGAUGACGAGAAUGACUUCUCUGCCGCCAAGACAGUAGGUAAAGGAGGUCUCACCAGCAUCACCACACCCACCAAGACGACGCGUACUGGUACCACACCCACCAAAGCACGGACCCCCACCUUCCGCCAUGCCGGCGAGGGACCGUACCCGUCAAUGUCCACCAUCUCUAGCGCUAGCGUCAGCAGUAUCGGCAGCACCAGCGCCGCGUCUAGUCUCGUCUCCCCUACGAAAAAGUCAGUGAGCCCAAAGGUGAACAAGAAGAAGAAGCUCUUUGCGCCCUCGCAGGCCAGCAUCGCCAUGCUCAACCCUGCACAUGCAAUGGGCAUCGACGUCGACGAUGAAAUAUACCAUCGUCACCAGACGGAAGAUCCAGAGACCGCUUCGAUGUUGGGGGGAGCGGGUUCAUAUGAAAGCCUCGCGUCGCCAGCUUCGGCCAGUCGGUCCGCUUCACCGCUCCGCUCACACGAACGCGUCGCUGCCGGGGAUGACUCGUACAGAAGCACGCCUGAGCUGGCGGCCUUCGCCGUGACGGAUCUUCAGAGCGCCUUGUCCCACGGUGGGGAUGCUGGACACAGUAGUGACGGUCGGCCUGCCGAAAAUUACACAGACUAUGACACCAUCUCGUACGGUCGGCCUGCUCAGCCUCCGCCCUUUCUCAACAAUCGACGACGAGCCAACACUAUGGCGUCAGUCUUCGAGGACGAUGAUGGUCAGGCAAGCCCGAGUGCUCCUUCACCAUCACGCAAGGUCGCUUUUCUGAUCAGGAAUCCCGCGUCAGAAGGCAUGAGCAGGGGUAGCAAAAGCGCGUCUGGUCACUCGUCAUCGGCAAACAAGUCGAUUGCACGCUUCUUCAGCUGGAAGAAGGGCGGCAAGUCGAAGAACCUCGAUGAGGACGAAGAGCCGUCCAGCGCUCCUCCUCAUGUCACCUAUUUCGAUCACUCGGGUCCCAUGGCCUCCCCGCUCAAGGAGACCUCGCCUAGCUUGCCCACAACUCCAGUGGGGCAGCAGGCGGCUCUGCCACUGGAGUCGGGACAAUUGCCGCAUCGCAAGACAGGGCCGAUGCCAAAGUCUAUUCUGCGCAAGCAAAGCGCUCCCGCUCUUCGUGAGCCUAGUCGUCCAUGGGCUGAUGCCACUAGUAUUCCUGCGAUUCCCAAGCGCUCGAUGGAGGCGCCUGGGGCUCUCUACGGUGGUGUUGAGGGCUUGAAUGCUGAUCGUGACUUGCACUUCAGUGGAGGCUCUCCUCAGCGUAUGCAGCAGGGCGGAAGAAGGCGUGAUCCUCCCAGCCCUCUUCGCAUGACUCCCUCGAGAUCGACGUCUUCUGACCUUUCGAGGGGCUACAGCGGUGUAGGUCGUGGAGUGGCACGAAGGGCGUCUGACGCCAGCAGUAUCAUGGUCGCUAGCCCUAUCAAGUCGCCCAGACGCAAGCAAGUACCCAGCCGCUUUGACGCAUUGCCAACAUGCCCUGCUCCUCGGGUCUUGUACAACAUUUCCUCGUCCCACCACGUCAGCAAAGUGAGCAAUCUCGGGGCCCUUGCAUCGCAGCACACCCUCUAUGCCAUCGAAGACGCCGUCGAGGAGGAGUUGGACGAGAUGCAGAGUCGUCGAAGGUCGAUGGCCCAUCGGGUUGCUGACGGUAUGAACGAUUAUGGCUUCGAAGAGCCUGCCCCGCGUACUUCUCCUGUGGAAAUCAAGGAUGUCAGUGCCGCAAAGACAAGCGGUUUAGGUCCAGGGCCCACAGCGUACAGAAGGAGGAGCCGAAGUGUGGGCGCAAUCGAGUCUGGAAAUCCGUUUGCGUCGGCUUUUGCGAUUUUCAACAGCGAGCGCUCCCUUCCGUCUGCAGCACCUCCGAGCUUCGACGGCGGUAUGGAGCGACUUGAUUCUGGCAGGGCUCAGCAUGAGCAAGAUGGGCGGACCCCUACUCAGAGGGACGUAGCGACUUUUGACUCGGGGGCUAGUGCUCAGCAGCAAUACGUCCCACUGUCGUCAGAGGAGCGACGAGCAGGUACUUCUCUGCAUAGAGCUACAGACUCGGGCAACUCCUCCGCUUCUUCAAACUCGGACGAUCUGUCGCUGUCUCAUGCCACUACCGUGGUUGCAACGAGGAGAGUCAACCUGGCCGGAACACGAGCAAAGGCAACUUCCGUUUCCAGCCCUUCCAUCACGGCCGCAAGGUUCACUGGUAGCAGCAGCAGCAGCAAUGCGGGCAGCAGUCCUCGUCUGAUGGCUACUCCUGUAUCGAAGCGAGGACAGAAUCACGGCCCAAUGGUCACUGUCCUGCCACCCACCCCCGAUAUGCCUGGUAUUGGAGCAUUCACAGGAUCGGCAAAGACGUCAUCCUCGCCGCUGAAGCCUGUCGAAUUUUCGGAAGAUGCCCUGCGAAGGACUUGGUCGGAGAGGAACAGCUGUCUCGUCGCCCUCAAAGCUGCCACAGGCGCCCUGCCCCCAUACGAGGAGCCCAUCGCAGAGGAGGCUGAGGACGAUACCUUGGUGCGGGAGGGCCUGUACGAGGUGAAUGACACGAGCAUGGAUGACCUUGGCCUCGACGACGAUGACCGCGACCCACUUCCGGGAUCCCUGCCGUACGAUUUCCCCACGGUGCCACCUGUGGCUCCGCUGAACAUCAAGCGUCGCCAAGGCUCCAGUCCGGACGUCUCUGCUACUUCCAAUGAGAGCAGCAAUAGCCUUGCGGAGUCGAACUCUACCAAGCUGGCUCCCUUGCCUCUGGCGUCCGACAGUGCCAAGACAGCUCCUAGAAUCCCUCUGUCCUUCUCCAAUGAGAGUAUCAUUUCGGGUCUCGACGAGCUCGACUGGCAUCCUCUGUCCUACUCCGACAGCCAGACCGUGUUGCCCUCCAUUACAACUUCGGCCAACUUGGAGUACGCAGCUCAUGUGGCCGCUGCCGCUGCCAGCAAGAAGCGACCUGCCAUGCCUGCGAUGCAGCAAGCGACUCAAGCCGAGCAGUAUGUGCAAGAAGAAGAAAUGGUCGAUCCUCACAUGGCCAGCUCUGCCUCGUCGUACCCUGUGUCACAAGAGCCAAGUCAUGCCUAUCUGGACAGCAUGACGGCCUCGGAGCCUUCGAAUGGCUCGAUGCCUUCGCUAGACUCUUCCUACACCUCUGUGGCCUCUCUCCAGCCGCUGUUGUCUCAGCAGUCGCAAGAAGCUCAGAGCAGCGGCUCUGCCAGCCACCCUAUGAUGCUUUCGACCGGCAGUACCGACAGUCUUUCCUCCAUGGUCACUACAGGUACAAGCAUUCUAUACCAGGAUGUGCCUGACACCGAGGUGCAGCGCUACAUGCAUCGCGCCCAACUCAGCCACGAUGCUUUCAGCGAUGAUCGAGCUGUGAAGAAGGCAGCCGCAUCGCAGCUGACGCCCAUGGUCAAGGUCUCUGAGGAGAACACCCCUCGACUUGGUGAUGGAGUGUGGCCCUCCUCGGCGCAGCAGAGCAAGAAGACGUCCCCCUCGGCUUCGCCUUCAUACCCCUCUAUCAAGAUCAGCGACACCUCUGCCAGUGGCUCGCCUCCAAUGUCCUACGACUCUUCGAUGGGUAGUGGUCUAGGGCUGUCCAUGCUUGGCCCUUACGAAGGCAAAGCAGCAGCGCCUAGAGUCUCCUCUCGCAGGACUAGCUCCCGCUCUCCCUCUCCUGCUCUGUCCUCUCGCAACACCGGUGCUCGCUCCGUUACUCCCACGCAACGCUCUCCCGUCAGUGAUCACUCUGGCGGGUCCUCUCCCUCUGUGGGAUACGGCCUGGGCUUGGAUCUGGGAGCAGGUCAGAUGAAACCAGGUGUGGCGAGUGCGACGCAGAUUGAGUACACGCCAACGCGCGUCUUGGUCAAGGACUCGAGGGCCAACCUUGGAAGGGGAACUUGGGAGGAACAACAGGCGCAGCAACAGCAGUACUUCUAUGAUGCACAAGCUAGGGCUAGCAGGCGUCCUAGAGCUCCGGCAUCUGCUAUGGCGCAGGCACAAGCUCAGGCUCAGGCUCAGGCUCAGGCACAGGCGCAGACGCAGGGCAGGCUGGCUUCCUCUCCUCAAAAUCAGCCUCAACAACUCCAACAGCAGCAACCGCAGCAAUACUACCAGCCUCAUCAAGAACAGCUCUUCCAGCCUCACUACCAACCAGUCCAUGCCUCCUCUUCUGAGCAGCAGGACCAGCAACAUUGGCAAUAUGCACACAGUCAGAAUCAGAAUCAAGCAGAUUACCAGCAACACUACCUCCGACCUGACUCGCAGGGCUACGAGUCGCUGCGCGACUCGGGCGAAUGGGAGAUGGGAGUGGCUCUUUAA